CACCGGGUGAGGGGGCACUCUCUUCACCUGGGGCUCACGGUUGCUGCUGAGCGGUAAGCAGCCCCAUUCCGUCCACGCGCUCACAUGCGGGAGCUAGCGCGCCAGCUUGGGCCCUCCGGUCACUGCCGUCGGGGUUGAAGUUGAAUUCUGUUUCCUGCUUCUUUGUAUUGUUUCUCAGAUGGCGCCAGCCAGGUCAGCUGCAGCUCCUCACCAGAAUCCUGCCCCGAAGCCUCUCUAUAAAGCCCUUUCCUUACAGUUUACUGGGAUUGCUCGGGAUGGCACCCCCAUAGUCAUGUAGGAAGGCUGCGGUGCUGCUGGAAGCGUCCCUCACACAUGAGCCCUGGGGGCUGCUUGGCCCUGGCAUGGCCGUGCCCUGACCCACCUGCUCGGUGCUGGCUGCCGUGCUGUGUCGGCUGCCAGUGUUCCUGACCCCAGUGCCACUUUGCCCUCUAGCCUCCAGAAUGCUGACCUCCCUUGUCUCCUGACCCCGGUCCUGUCCUCCUGACCUUUCAGGUUUUACUUACACGCUUUCUUUACUGUCGUUUUAGAGGAAUUUUUGGAAGCAAGCAAAGUGUGUGUGUGUGUGUUCAGCUGCCUCACUUAUCUGUUAUUCUCUUAACUCUUUCUGUUUCAAAUAAUUUCACCGCUGGCCCUGGCCCGGGCGUGGAAGCCACACUUGCUGAUAUAGUGAAAUUCAGGUCUGUAACCAGAGAAGCGAGCAGGCUUGUUGGAUUAGCCUGGAAUGUGAAAGAAACAUGUCACAGUCAUAUUACUAUUUUUCUUUCAGUGCUGCCGUAUGGGGAAUAAUUCCAACAUGACCUACAAGUAUUUAUAGCAAUGUUUCUCAAAACCAUGCCUUUGUGGUAUUUUCAGAACAAAUAAUUUUAGACAACUGUGUAUCUCUGAGUCCUGACUCAUCGGCCACGCUCAUGGUAGAGUGGAUGCAGGUGAUGGUUGUCACCAAAGAACAAGGAAGGAAAAAAGAUCCAGCAUACUCACUGACCAGAAUAUAGCCACCCACGUAGCUACAGGCAGCACGUAAUGAACUAUACAGUCAAUUCCUGCCCUGCCGCGCGGGCGCAGCAGUGUGAGCCUUCUAAGGUCGGCCCAGGUGCCAGUGUCCUCACGCCAGAGUGUCUGACCACUGGCUGCCUCUUCCCCAGGGAGGAGUCUGAGCUCUGCCCCGCCGUAGUGGAGAGGGGUGGCAGGAUGCCGCAUGGCGUCAUGCAAUUGUGGAAAAACUAAAGCAACUCGAGACUGAAUUCGUCAUUUUCUUAGCCUUGUACAUGCAGGUAACAUACUUGUUACAUGCAGGUAACAUACUUUGGUGCUACAAGACAGCUAGUGGAAAGGGGAGAGGCCUGACCUGACAGUUGUGUAAUCACUGUUUUCUGUGUGCCACAUGCUUCCUGAGACCUGGGGGGGCAGCACGUUUGACUCUCGCGACGUCUUACUGGGGUUCACCUGGUGAUUAGCAUUAACCUGUCCAUCUUGCUCUUACAGAAAAAUGCUACCCUACGUUUUGCCACUUCCUCGACAAGCGGGCAUGCUAGCUGAGUACUUUUUCACUCUCUUUUCCUUUUCUCACUCCAUUAAUGUGUCUGGGCAGCAGUGCCACGCUGACCUUGCACGCCCCUGAGAAGAGGGAGAAGAUGCCUCGGUUUCUAGUUUCGUCAAGCAUAGUGUCGUUCGCUGGUUGAGCAAAACUUACUGAGCACCUGCCAAGUGUCAGGCAUCUGCUGCGGGGACGCACAGUUCACGGCCAGCGUGGGUUGGGGUGACCAGUAACAGACACUUUGCAGGUCUGCAGUGGAGAUAGCAGCAGGUGCCGUGUGCACACUGGAAGGCAGCAAACCCAGAUCAAGGGUGGGGCCGCCAAGGAGAGUCCUCUAGGCCAGGGAGCGUGACCUGAGUCUUGGAUUCGCUUUGCAAAGCAGGUAGUGGGACGUCCUGCACCGCGGCACAGACCCACAGUCGCAGGCCUCUGGGUGUCAGGGGCAGGCGGCGAGGAGAGUAGGGCUGGGGCGGGGCUGCUGCUGGCAUCAAGUCAUACCAAUAAACAAUCACAAAACUUACCGUGAUGGUCAAGUCCAAUGGAAUAAUAUUCAAACUGUUAUAGAGCAACCCCGAUAUUAAAACGGGUUCCUGGCUGUGGGUCCUCACCCGCGCGCUUUAAAGGGACUUAUGAAUACUCUACUACAGACACACGCAAAAGGGUUCAUAAAAGGUUUAUUUACAAGAGAAAAAGAAAUAAGGAAAAUGUACAACUCAGGGAGAAAAUAGGGAAAUAAAGUCUUUCAUGCGUCCUACCCGAUCCGACGACCUGGAAACCCAAAGGCACUCUCCGAGCUGGCCGGACGCUGCGAGCUGGUGGAGAGCCAAAAUGGGGGACACCCCCCAAAGCCCACGUGUCUGGCUUUAUCCCAACCUGGCUGCUUAACCCCACCCUCAGGUCCCAGCCACCUUCCCUUUGGUGGUGAUGGGAUUUGGAGUUCCCAGUGUCUUUGGCUUUGACCUGGGGUGGGGGUGGAGUCCACAAAGCCUAUAUGGAAUUUGCUUUGGGACAUCCUUUUUCCCCCUAACAAAACCUGUUCCAACAAAUUGCUUUUGAGACUUGACAGGCUCCUUUUGAAGCUCGUCUGGAAGAGCAAAUGCGCAUGGAGUAGCCAGGGCAGGUGUGGGAAAGAGUGUGAGCUCGCAAGGGGCAGUGGGCCCUGGCGAUCAUGCAGCGGUUCCCCAGCAGGAAGGCACAGGCCUCUGGAUGAGAUGCAGGGGAGGUGGCCCUGGCGGAGGCCAGGUGGGGGUGCUGGCGUGGUGGGAAGAAGUGCUGGGGAGCGCGCAGAGCCGGGCUGCAGGAGGCCAUGCAGGAGACGGUUCUCAGCUCUUGGGAUGAAAGUUUCUCUUAAACAAGAAGCCAUCAAGAGAAAAACUGACAAAUGCGAGUGUAUAAAAGUCAGAACUUCUGUAGGAGACCAUAAGUAAAACCCACGGACAAAUGCCACGCCCUCCUACAACUCAACAAGGAGAAAAGACAGUCCAGCAGGAGGACGGGCAAAGCGGGAACGGGCAGAUCAGGAGACUCAUGUCCGCGGCACACGGCAAGACUUGUGGUCUGGGAAAAAAAUCAAACGACUGUGACGUGCGCAUCCCACUCACCACGUCCCCAGAGCCUGAGAUCUGUCCCAGCCCUGCAGAGCAGGUGGCGGUGCCCGUGCUGCGCAGCCCACCUGAACUCGGCCGUCCUCACGUGAGCGUGUGGGCCAGGCGGUUCGUGCACCUGCUUAGGCAGGUGUGGGCACCGGUUCAACCUUUAAGAAGGGCCUUUGCCAGAACGUCAAACACUCAAGGUGCUCCGAUGCCCUGACCCCUGCUCAGCUGUGGGUCGUCUCCUCUAGCCCAAGAGCUCUGCCUGUACUGGCAGCCUUGGCCCCAUCCCUCCCCCUGUGCUGGGAGCCGGGGCUGGGCUGAGACUGUUCAGAGGGAGUAGGGGCAGAGGGGCUGACUGUUGCUUCUUGGGAAAGGUCCAAGUGUGGGUGGUGUUCCCACCAGCCUCACCCCUGGCGGGGGCAGCCCUGUGAAGGGCUAUUGACUCUGGCUGGGUCUCAGAGGAUAGCAAUGCAAGCACUUCCUCCCAUGGCCCCCACUUCAGAUGGCAUCACCACCACCCCCCACACACCCCCGACCUCCCCACACGCCCCCCCAGCUGCAUUGCUUCCUCUUGGCCCAGCGCAUCCCACUCCUGCCCGGGUGUGGCGUCGGUGUCAUUCAGUCUUGCUUUGGCAUCACUUUGGCCAGAUCAGCACCGGGGCCUGAGGAGCUGAGACCUCAACGCUGGCGUGCAGACGAGCGCUAGUCACUGUCGAGGCAGCAGCGCUGGUGUUACAGGGAGACUCUGAGCUACGGCACAGACUUCGGGCUCCCAACUCAAACGGCCUUCUCCCCACAAUGCUCCCUUCAUCAGCACAGCCGCGGCUCCUUCUGCACGCCCGCGGUGGCUGCAGGGGGCAUCUUCAAGCAGCCGGGCCAGAGGCCUGACGCGCCCUCCAAGAACCUGGAAAGAACAAAGGUCGCCCACGAAGAGCACCCCGACUCUGGGCAACCCCAGGGGGCGGACGCAGAAUGGGUGGGGCCAGUCCGGCCCUGCAGGCGCCUGCUCCUCGCCAUAGCAGCACCCCAGGCGUGGUGAGAGGCGCCAGUGGGGGUGGGGGCGCCUGAGAGACAGACGGGCUGGCUCCUCCAGGCCCGGUCCAGGUUCUCUGUGGAAAGCAGCCAUUUGUCCUGAAAGACUCCGGCAAAUCAAACAUUAGCCUUCUAAUAAAAUAAUACAGAGGAAGGUGGAUUUCUAAAUUUGUGUAUUGCUUUGGAGGGGAGGCCCUGUGGCCAGUUGGCAAAAACGUUUAGCUGGUCAGGUCCAAAUGGGGAAGUGGGCAGUUCGUCCUAUUAAGGCUUCAGCAAAAUGUCAUUUUAUCAUGUUGUUAUUGACUCAGACUUUGCCAGGCUAUAGCGUAACUCCAGCUGGAAACGCUUGAGAACUUUUAUCUCAUUUGAAAAACUCUCUUCAUUGUGCUGAGAGCAGGACAAAGUAUUGUCUUGUUGGCUGCUGUGUAUGUGUUUAAACAGCGGCUUUGAUUAAUAACACGGUGGGGUUUGUUACUUAGAUCUUUUUAGAUAGAAGCAGGAAAGUAAUUAAGAAGUUGGCCACGUGCCAGUUUCCCUAUGGCACUCAUGGAGGGCAGGACGGCCAGUGUGGGGACUCUGGGUGUUUAGGAAAAGCGGAAAGAACCCACGGAAAGCAAAGGCAGCUCCGGGCAGCACUGGCCGUGCAGCCAGUGGGCAAUGUGCCGCCAUUCUCUGGCUGACUUUCAAAAAGGCAGAAGAAAAGCAGCUCUGGUACGCUGUGGAACCGGGUCUCCGAGAGAAAUGUUUAUGACUGUGGAAAGAAUUUAAGGACGAGGGGAGAUUGGUUUGUAGUGUCAGCUACAAUUAGAUAAUCAAAGCUUUCAAAUCCUACCGGCCGCUGCCUCCACCCCUGGUGGAGAGGAUGAACCGGACACCUCCUGGCGUGGAGAGGGCCAGCCCCUGCCCCGAGGGCGCCCGAGUCUGCCCAGCCAGGCCUGCACAGGGACUUUCCUGGCAGGGCUACAGGGUGAGGCUGUCGCCUUGCUCGGCCGACACAGCGGAGCCGAGAGCCCAGACCGCCCUAGACGCAGGCGUCCGGGCAGCCGGCUUGCCAGACCUCAGUCACAGCGGACUGGCAGAUCAUUAUGAAAAUCCCCACUGGGGACAGCAGGCCACUUUCCGAGGGGACGCCGGCUGCGGCUGGGAUCAAGUGAUCGUGGACCGGGCCGACCAGGAGGCGUGGCCUUCCAUCACCGGAGCCGAGGCGGAAGCCGCCUCAGAAUGCCCGGCGGACACUGACGCUGCCCCCAACUGCGGCUCGGAGGGCAGUAGCAUGGCUACGGGCAGCGCCCAGGGCAGCUUCCCGGGACACACCAAGAAGACGAAUGGCAAUAACGGCCCCAACGGCGCGCUCGGCCAGAGCCCCUCCAGCCAGAGCGCCCUGGGCACGGCGGGAGCCAGCGGGAACGGGAACGCUGCCCGAGUGUGGGGAGUAGCCGCCGGGGCCGGCUCGGGCCUCGCCCACUGCCCCCUCAGUGGGGGGGACGGGAAAAUGGACACCAUGACGGGGGACGGGCGGGGCCAGAGCUGCUGGGGUGCCCCCAGCUCCAGUGCGGGCGUCAACCUCAACCUCAACCCCAGUGCCAACCCCGCCGCCUGGCCUGUGCUGGGGCAUGAAGGGGCUGUGGCCACGGGCAACCCUUCCAGUAUUUGCAGUCCGGUCAGUGCCAUAGGUCAAAACAUGGGAAACCAGAACGGGAGCCCCGCAGGCACCCUGGGGGCCUGGGGGAACCUGCUGCCGCAGGAGAGCACAGAACCCCAGACGCCCGCUUCUCAGAAUGUGUCUUUCAGCGUCCAACCUCAGAACCUUUCCACUGACGGACCAAAUAACACUAAUCCCAUGAACUCUUCAGCAAACCCUGUCAAUGCAAUGCAGACGAACGGGCUGCCCAACUGGGGCAUGGCUGUCGGCGUGGGUGCCAUCAUCCCGCCUCACCUGCAAGGCCUUCCUGGUGCUAACGGAUCAUCGGUUUCUCAAGUCAGUGCAGGGGGUGGUGAAGGGAUUGGCGGUUCUGUGUGGGGGCUGUCCCCAGGGAACCCCGCCACAGGCAACAGCAAUCCUGGGUUCAAUCAGGGGAAUGGAGACACUGUGAACUCAGCAUUAAGUGCUAAGCAAAAUGGAUCGAGCAACGCCGCGCAGAAGGAGGGGAGUGGCGGGAGCGCGUGGGACUCGGGGCCGCCCGCUGGUCCUGGAAUACUCGCCUGGGGCAGGGGCAGCGGCAGCGGCGGUGUUGGCAAUAUCCAUUCGGGAGCGUGGGGCCACCCCGGCCGAAGCACCUCAGGCGGGGUGAAUGGGGAGUGGGGAAAGCCCCCAAACCAGCAUUCCAGCAGUGACGUCAGCGGGAAAGGGUCAACAGGGUGGGGCAGCCCUGGCAUGGGCAGCCAGAGCCCUGCCGUGCAGCCUGGCAGCGAACACACGAACUCCUGGGCCAAGGCGGCGUCCUCCAGCACCACGGCCAGCGAGGGCAGUGGCAGCGAGGGCUCUGGGGGGCACUGCGAGGGCGGCGCCGGGAGGGAGGGAGCAGAGGGCCGCAGGCGAGACAAGGCGAGUGGAGACCCAGGGCAUGUCCAGUUGCCAAGGAAUGACCUCGACCCGCGAGUCCUGUCGAACACCGGCUGGGGACAGACUCCAGUGAAGCAAAACACUGCCUGGGAAUUUGAAGAAUCCCCGAGGUCGGAGCGGAAAAAUGACAAUGGGACGGAGGCCUGGGGCUGCGCGGCUGCUCAGCCGCCGGCCUCGGGCGGGAAGGACGGCGGGUCCGUCGUGGACAGUACAAAUACCUCUUCAGUAUCUGGGUGGGCCAGCUCACCGCCGACUGCUGUGCCAGCACACACGGGCUGGGGAGACGGCAGCAGCAAAGCGCCAAACGGCCCAGGGGUUUGGGGGGACUCGAUCAAUUCUACUGCUGUUACUAAUGCUGCUGCUGCCGCCAAGGGCGGCCAGGCUUGGAGCGGGACCGCACACCAGGAGGACAAGUCGCCCACUUGGGGGGAGCCUCCGAAACCCAAACCUCAAAACUGGGGAGACGGACAGAAGCCCAGUCCAGCCUGGAGUGCAGGAGGGGGAGAUUGGGCAGAUUCCUCUGCUGUCCUGGGACACUUGGGGGAAGGGAAGAAAAAUGGCUCUGGAUGGGACACCGACAGUACUAGGUCAGGGUCUGGCUGGAGUGACACGGCCAGGUCUGGGACCAGCGGCUGGGGCAAUGGCACGAGCGCCAAGAUGACCCCGGGCACAAACUGGGGGGAGUCCCUGAAACCUGGCCCCCAGCAGAACUGGGCGGGCAAGCCCCCAGACAGCACCGUGAGUAACUGGGGCGGAGCUGUUUCUGUCAAGCAGACAGGAACAGGGUGGGUCGGGGGGCCUGUCCCUGUCAAACAGAAGGACAGCAGGGAGGCCACCGGCUGGGAAGAGCCUUCUCCACCGUCCAUUCGACGCAAAAUGGAGAUUGAUGAUGGUACCUCAGCUUGGGGCGACCCAAGCCACUACAACAAUAAAACUGUAAACAUGUGGGACAGGAACAACCCGGGCAUCCAGAGCAGCACCACAGCCAGCGCCGCCACCACGGCCACCACCACCACCGUGAGCAACAGCGCCAGCACGGGCGAGGUGCCACCGGCGCACCCGGGCUCCCAGCUGCCACGCUCGCCGCUGCUCGGCCCAGUUUCGUCAGGCUGGGGAGAAAUGCCUAAUGUUCACUCCAAGGCUGAAAACUCCUGGGGAGAACCAUCCUCCCCGUCGACCCUGGUUGAUAACGGCACAGCAGCGUGGGGCAAACCGCCCAGCAGUGGGAGCGGGUGGGGGGACCAGCCUGCCGAGCCGGCGGCCACCUUUGGAAGAGCCAGCGCCCCUGCUGCCGCCCCAGCCCUGUGCAAACCAGCUGCAAAAUCUAUGCAAGAAGGCUGGGGCAGUGGUGGGGACGACACGAGCCUCAGCUCCGGCCAGUGGGAGGACGAAGAAGGGGGCGUGUGGAACAACGCCGCCUCCCAGGAAAGCACCGCCUCCUGCAGCUCCUGGGGCAGCGCCCCCAAGAAGGGACUCCAAAAGGGCCUGAAAGCUGCCGGCAAGCAGGACGAGGCCUGGAUCAUGAACCGGCUGAUCAAGCAGCUCACGGACAUGGGCUUCCCGAGAGAGCCGGCGGAAGAGGCCUUGAAGAGCAACAACAUGAACCUUGACCAGGCCAUGAGCGCUCUGCUGGAAAAGAAGGUGGACAUGGACAAGCGUGGACUGGGAGUGACCGACUACAAUGGCAUGGUCACCAAGCCCCUCGGCUGCCGCCCACCAAUCUCCAAAGAGUCUUCCGUGGACCGCCCCACCUUUCUUGACAAGGAUGGCGGCCUAGUGGAAGAGCCCGCGACUUCACCGUUUUUGCCUUCACCAAGCCUGAAGCUCCCCCUUUCAAACAGUGCACUCCCUAAUCAGGCCCUGGGUGGGGUUGCCUCAGGGCUGGGCAUGCAAAACUUGAAUUCUUCUCGACAGAUGCCGAGUGGCAGCGUGGGCGUGUUCAGCAGCAGCGGAGCAGCACAGGCCCGGACCCUGCAGCCGCCGCCGCAGCCCCCAGCGCCGCCGCUGAACUCCUCCCAGCCCAGCCUCCGUGCUCAAGUGCCUCAGUUUCUAACCCCUCAGGUUCAAGCACAGCUUUUGCAGUUUGCAGCAAAAAACAUUGGUCUCAACCCUGCACUAUUAACCUCGCCAAUUAAUCCUCAGCAUAUGACGAUGUUGAACCAGCUCUAUCAGCUGCAGCUGGCAUACCAGCGUUUACAGAUCCAGCAGCAGAUGCUGCAGGCCCAGCGUAACGUGUCCGGACCCAUGAGACAGCAGGAGCAGCAAGUUGCGCGCACAAUCACUAACCUGCAGCAGCAGAUCCAGCAGCACCAGCGCCAGCUGGCCCAGGCCCUGCUCGUGAAGCCGCCGCCGCCCGCGCCGCACCUGUCUCUGCACCCCUCUGCAGGCAAAUCGGCCAUGGACAGCUUCCCCCCUCACCCCCAGGCCCCCGGCCUGCCCGACCUGCAGACCAAAGAGCAGCAAUCUUCACCCAGCACCUUCGCUCCUUACCCUCUCGCUGGGCUGAACCCGAAUAUGAAUGUCAGCGGCAUGGACAUGACUGGUGGUCUGUCGGUCAAGGACCCGUCUCAGUCCCAGUCUCGCCUCCCCCAGUGGACACACCCCAACCCCAUGGAUAACUUACCCGGUGCUGCUUCUCCUCUCGAUCAGAACCCCAGCAAGCAUGGUGCUAUCCCUGGAGGGCUGAGUAUCGGGCCUCCAGCCAAGUCCUCCAUCGACGAGUCCUACGGUCGGUACGAUUUAAUCCAGAACAGUGAGUCACCAGCCAGCCCUCCCGUAGCUGUUCCCCAUAGCUGGUCACGUGCCAAAUCCGACAGUGACAAAAUCUCAAAUGGCUCCAGCAUCAACUGGCCCCCAGAAUUCCACCCUGGAGUUCCGUGGAAAGGACUUCAGAACAUAGACCCCGAGAACGACCCUGACGUCACCCCCGGGAGCGUCCCCACCGGGCCCACCAUCAACACCACCAUACAGGAUGUCAACCGCUACCUCCUCAAGAGUGGAGGGUCCUCCCCACCAUCAUCUCAGAAUGCCACGCUGCCUUCCUCGAGUGCCUGGCCGCUCAGUGCCUCCGGCUACAGUCGCUCCUUCAGCAGCCUCGCGCCCGCACCUAGCAUCACAGGUAAACUGUCAGACAUCAAAUCAACGUGGUCCUCCGGCCCUGCCUCCCACGCGCAAGCCUCUCUGUCUCACGAACUGUGGAAGGUGCCCAGAAACACUCCUGCCCCCACCAGGCCGCCUCCGGGGCUGACCAACCCCAAGCCUUCCUCCAGCUGGGGAGCCAGCCCCCUGGGCUGGACCAGCUCCUACUCCUCGGGUUCGGCGUGGAGCACAGACGCCUCGGGAAGGACCAGCAGCUGGCUCGUUCUCCGCAACCUCACGCCCCAGAUCGACGGCUCCACCCUCCGGACGCUGUGCCUGCAGCACGGGCCCCUCAUCACAUUCCACCUGAACCUGACACAGGGCAACGCCGUGGUCCGCUACAGUUCCAAGGAGGAGGCUGCCAAGGCCCAGAAGUCCCUGCACAUGUGUGUUCUGGGAAACACUACCAUCUUGGCUGAGUUCGCUGGCGAAGAAGAAGUGAAUCGUUUCUUAGCCCAAGGCCAGGCGCUGCCGCCCAGCUCCAGCUGGCAGUCCAGCUCCGGGACCGGCCAGACGCGGCUGGGAGCCUCGGGCAGCUCCCACGGCCUGGUGCGGAGCGAUGCCGGCCACUGGAACGCCCCGUGCCUGGCCGGCAAAGGGAGCAGCGACCUGCUGUGGGGCGGGGUUCCCCAGUACUCAAGCAGCCUGUGGGGCCCGCCCAGCACCGACGAUGGCCGGGUGAUCGGGAGCCCCACCCCGCUGAAUACACUGCUUCCGGGCGACCUUCUCAGCGGGGAGUCCAUCUAGGCCCCUGGGGACGCCCAGGCGCCACGGUCAUCAGCACUAGGAAGAAGAAGCUGACCCUUUCCAGUCCGGGCACCGCAGAGGACCCCGCUGGACCCAAGCAGCCCGGCAGCCCCUCGAGUACCUCGGUCCAGUACUGAAGACGAACCUUCGCGCAGCCCUUGCGAACUGUCCGGGACAGUGCGGGCUGCGCGGUCAGUGUCACGAAUGACAGGAUGUUCUCAUAGCUUUUCCUCUGUGUCGUCGUCGUGUCUUGUAUGGUGUGCUGUCAUUUUGAUUUUUUAAGUAUAAAAGCUGCUUAGAAUAGUUUUAUCAUGAAGGGCACUUUUCAGAUUGUGGGCUGGAAAGGGUUAUUUUAUC